GGCUACACCUCGUUCUGGAAUGACUGCAUUUCAUCGGGUUUGCGAGGGUGCAUGCUGAUCGAACUGGCUCUGCGAGGACGCCUUCAGCUGGAGGCCUGUGGCAUGAGGAGGAAAGGUCUGCUGGCCAGAAAGGUGAUUUGUAAGUCAGAUGCUCCGACAGGUGAUGUGCUCCUGGAUGAAGCCCUAAAACACAUCAAAGACACACAACCACCAGAGACCGUGCAGAGCUGGAUUGAACUUCUCAGUGGAGAGACGUGGAACCCCCUCAAGCUUCACUAUCAACUACGGAACGUGCGUGAACGGCUGGCGAAAAACUUGGUGGAAAAAGGUGUCCUCACUACUGAGAAGCAGAACUUCCUGCUUUUUGAUAUGACCACACAUCCUCUGACCAACAACAACAUCAAGCAGCGCCUCAUCAAGAAGGUCCAGGAGGCUGUACUGGACAAGUGGGUAAAUGACCCCCAUCGAAUGGAAAAGCGUCUGCUUGCACUCAUCUUCUUAGCCCAUUCCUCUGACGUCCUGGAAAAUGCAUUUGCCCCGCUGCUAGACGACCAAUACGACCUGGCCAUGAAGAGAGUGCGGCAGCUGCUGGAACUAGAGCCUGAGGGGGAGAGCAUGAAGGCCAACACCAACGAGCUGCUAUGGGCUGUAGUGGCCGCUUUCACUAAAUGAGGCUCCCUCAAAGAGGACGAAAAGCAGUUGUGGCAUUCAAGUGGCAUUGUUCGUUGAGGUAGUGACCCCAACAUGGUGACUUGACUGAAUUUAGCCCUGCCUGGACCUUUGGAAUGGGCUCCCCUAAUUUUCUUUUCCUUCCAGAUACAUGUCCUCGUUGAUCCUUCAUGGUCCCGUUUCCCCCCAUGUGUCAUUUAUGUGUUCACUUUUGCUAAAAAUAAUAAUCUCAUGGAGCUUUGAAUGAAGUGGCUGGUGAUGAUAUGGGUGAGGCUGGAUUCAUAUCCUUUCUUUUCUAUUGGGCAUAUCUUUGAAACCGUUUCUUAGGGUACAGUAUGUAUGGCACCGGUUACUCAAGGUUACCAUCCUGACACACCUGAUAAUGAUAAUAUAAAAAGAACAGGUCAGUGAUACUGUACAGGAAUGAAAACUUAUGCCUUUAAAUGAAUAUCUUCUAACAAAGGUUUAUGGAUAUGAUGCAGUUGGUGUUACAGCAUUCUUUAAAUUUCAUAUCCAGUACUGGAGUAAGUAAUGUGGUCAGGGUCUACUACCUAGUACUGUCAACAUUAAGCACUCAUUUCCCAAGUUGAUCCACCUCAUUUAUCCGUUAUAUACACCUGCUUGUCCAGUGAAGGGACACGGGGCUGUCCCAGCUCACGCUGGCCAGGGGGAGGUGUACACCCUGGACAUGUCGCCAGUAUUUAACUGUGCUAACACAUUGAGAUAGACAAUCUGUCUUACAAGGCAAUUUAGAGUUUCCAGUUCACCUGACCCGCAUUUUUUUUGGACUGUGGGAAAAAAUAAUGACAGGUUCCAGCUGCCAGCUGGAUUCAAUCUGAGGAUUUUUUCACUGUGAAGCGACAGUGCUACCCACUGUGACGCCUGGCAGUCUAUCCCAUCUGGUCUAAAGUUGUGUGGAAGAUCAUUAAUUUGUCAACAGGACAAUAAGCAUGGAAGUUAAAUACAGUCCUUAGAAGAUAGAGAGCUGACCUGUAUGACAUCCCUUAUCAGUUACUUUGACCUUAGCCCCUUUAAAUAUUUUGGGAAAGACUUCAAAUGAAAAGCUAGAACCUGAUGAACAUCAUUAGACAGACUUGUUUAGGCUGAUGCUAGAAUAAUACAAAUUCCAAAGUUCUGCUAACAGGUGCAGAAUGGAUGGGGCUGAAACCCAAGGUAUGAUGAUGGAAGGAAAAAUAAAUAUAUCGCACAUUAUCUGAAAUAAAUAAGCAAAAACAGCUUAUACUGUUUUGAAUAUCCUCGGGCAAGUAAUUCUUUAUUUUUGUGGACUGGGGUUAUCUCAUCUGUCUAAUAUAAACCAGGUUAGAUUCAGGAUUCCACUCUGUAAUAUCUGAAUGGUAACCAUUAUCUUAGUCUGGAGUCCAAUGUAACCAUGUUUCAUGUUUGCUUGUAUCUCCUCAAUAACACAAUUGGCUCUACAGAUGUGUAAUGGAUGGAAUUUGCAGUGGUCAGAAAUGAUGCUGGCUGGGGUAACGCAACUCUUUGCAAUGAGUGGCUGUUGAGGAUCAAACUAAGAUAUUUUAGUGGCUGGCACAAACUCAGGAAUGCAGACCCAGUCAAUGUCAGCUACCUUUUUGUUAACAAAAUUCAAAUAGUUUUCACUUUUCUGUGAAUUUAAAAUGUAAUGAAAAAUGAGGUAAUCCUCAGGGCUUAAUGCAGGAUGAAUGCAUUUAUGAUAUGAUCUCAGCUUUUGAGUUUGUGUAUGCCACCUGGGCUCUAUUUGGAAAAAAUAAAACCCCUUCAAGACAUUUAGUGAAA